AUGUCCUAUUCAGUGAGCAUGGUCUCUGCGACACCUGCACCACCAAUGGGAUGUGAAACUGAAGCAUCUUUGCGUUGGCCGCACACACGACGACAGAUGCGACGUGCAACAUUCAUCCUCAAAACUACCGAAGGUGGUGAUGGGAACAAGUUAAAAGACAAUGUUUGUUUUAUGGCGGACCCUUCGGCUGCGAAGAAGAUCAUAUAG